AUGACCACCAGCACAUUCGAUCACCCGGCGCUCGAACGCAUCCCGGUCUGGGUGCAGGAGAAGUUGUCGCCCAACGCCGUCGAUGUCAUCAAACGCGUCCACGAUUGGGUCGAGACCGAAUGUGUUCCUGCCGAGCCGAUUUUCAAGGCACAAUUGAAGCAGAAUGGGAACUGGAAGACACCAGCCAUCGUUACCGAGCUGCGGCGGAAGGCGAAAAAGGAGGGAUUGUUCAAUCUUUUCCUGCCAAAGAGCUUCGGAAGUCUGAGUCCAGGCUUGAGCAAUCUGGAAUAUAGCAUUUGCGCUCAGAUCAUGGGAAGAUGCUAUUGGGCCGCGCAGACGAUGAACUGCCACGCUCCAGACACUGGAAACAUGGAGCUGUUGGCCAAGUACUGCAACGAAGAGCAGAAGAAAAAAUGGCUCCUUCCGUUGCUCAAUGGCGAGACGUUCUCGGCCUAUAGCAUGACAGAGCCGGAUGUUGCAUCCUCAGAUGCCACCCAAAUUUCUUGCCGCAUCGAGAAAGACGCGAAGGAUCCAGACUGGCUCAUCAUCAAUGGUCGCAAGCUGUACGGCAAUUGCAAAUGGAAUGAUGAGCUCGGCUUCUACAUUCUCAUGGCAUGCAGCGAUCCCGAUAACAAGGAUCCAUGGAAGCGUCAUUCUAUGGUGAUCGUGCCGAAGGACACUCCAGGCUUCAGCAUGGUCCGGAAUUUGUCCAUCAUGGGAUACGAUCACGCGCCAGAAGGGCAUGGUGAAUAUCUCUACCACAAUGCUCGAGUACCAGCCGAGAACAUCAUCCUAGGCGAAGGACGUGCCUUCGAGAUAGCUCAAGGGCGCCUGGGUCCCGGUCGCAUCCAUCACUGCAUGCGUCUCAUCGGCCAGACUGAACGGGCCUACGAGCUUGCCCUUCUCCGAGCCACGGAUCCGAAGAAGAAGCCCAGAGGCAAGCUCAUCGGCGAUUUCGACUCCAACAUUGAACGCUUGGCUUCCAUGCGCAUGCAACUCGAUUCUCUCCGCCUCAUCGUAAUGAACGCAGCCCACACCAUGGACAUAGCCGGCAACAAAGCAGGACGAUACGCAAUCGCACAAUCGAAAGUCAUGAUACCUGCUGCAGCUGCGGCGAUAAUUGAUGAGUGCAUGCAGAUGUAUGGUGGCCAGGGAUUGACCCAGCACACUCCGCUGCCCGAGAUGUGGACGUACGCAAGGUUUGUAAGAAUCGCAGACGGUCCUGACGCCGCGCACACACACCAGGUGGGCAGAGACCAAUUGAAGACCGCGGGGAAGUUCAGGAGUAGGCAUAAGGGAUAUGAGAGAAGAUACAAGGAGCUGUGUGAAAAGUGGCAGGUCGAACAAGAGACUUUUGGGAAUCCAGCUACACCUGGGCUCAUGAGGUCCGACGACUAG